AUGCCUUCCACCCCUUCUUUGAGCAGCGUAGAGGAGGCCAGCAACUCCAAAGUCAGGUUCUCCGAUCUCACGGAGGACUGGAAGAACGCCACCAAAAAUGGCUUGAGAAGUCUAAAGAGGAAGAAUCCGAAUGCCAAGAAGGUCGUCAUUAAAGGUCAGUCACAUCCAUCUUCUACAGUGGCUACUCAUACCAACGUCAUUUCUUGCCAGCUUCAAGAUGCUAAUGGAGGGUACCUGGGAUCGGGCCAUAUCGAUGAGACGGGUGAGGCGUACCCGAAUGAGAAAUUCGAGAAGAUAGCGGCCAAAAAGUAA